AGAGAGAGAGAGAGAGAGAAAAAUAUAUGUGUGUGCAAAGUAUCGUUCAACGUGGACGUAAACGCGUUGUACGUUGGAGGUUACGUUUGGCGGAUAAUCAUUAAGCGAUAAGUAUUACUUACAUAUUGAUCCACGCUGCGAACAUCGUACGUGUUUCGUGCUGCCGAUCCCGGGGAGUAAAAAGUCGAACGCGACGAAUUUCGACAAUGAAUACGAAACAAACACAACACACGUCAGAAAAUAGACGGAACAAACUAAAUCGGCUCCCACAGUCGCUCGUUGGCUUAGGCGCCUCGUUCUAGAGUGCACUGCUGCUAUCUAUCGGCGAUUAAUAAGUAAUUUGUGAAGAUAGCAAUGGAUCAGAUAUAUAAGAUUUAUAGUCACCAAGCAUCGCCAAAAAUUUGUCUGAAGAAUUACUUUCAACAAUACAGCGAAUUAUUAAACUCCUUUUUAUGUCAUAAUCUAAAUGAACAAAGUGACGAAAAGAUUUUUCAACUUAUGGAUGUUGAUCUCCCACAAGCGAGAACUCUUUUAAUCAAACACUAUUGCAGUAUUGAUAAUUUAUCGCCAUUAAUGGAACCCAAUACGACGGAAAAAGAAAAACAGGAAAACACAAAAUCUGAACAAAAGUUAAAUAAUGUUCCAUUGGAAACAAUUAAAGUGUUAAAGACAUUAUCUAAGGAAACUCUAUUAAAACCAAGGUUUCAAGAUGGGAUUCCAAUUAAAUAUGAUGAAUCAAGCUAUUCCAAUAAUAAUUCUGUAAUACCAUAUAAAGAAUUUUUAAUUUAUUGCAGAGUGUAUGAGCCAUUUGAAUACCAGAAUCGUCCUUAUAAACUAAAAGCUCCAGUUGUUAAUCUUAAAAGUGUCAUAUCGAUUCUAGGAUGUCAAACUCUGUAUGAACUACGUCAAAAGAUAAUAUGUCAAUCUGAUUUAUCAAUUACAACAGACACUAGUAACAAAUCAAAUCGUCACAAAAUUGGAGCAUUGGCAAAAGAUGUCUACAAAUCAGGAUUCUUUUACAUUGAAGAUACAUUUUAUAAUGAUACUAGCGUGGAAACUAACAUUGAUUAUAGUAGAGUUAUAUUAGAAUGGGCAGCAACUCGUGAUUUAGGUCCAUUUAAAGUUGCAACCAUGGAUGCUCAAAUAAAUUCUCUUUGCGCAAGAUUUGGUUUUCCAUGGGUAUAUGUACAUCAGGGUUGUUGUGAACAUUUAAUUGUACUGACUGAUGCCAGGUUAGUGACUGAGAAUGAUGUAUUAUCAUUAACUGCCUAUCCAAGAAUAGAAAAAAUAAGGCCUGUUGUUGGAAAAAAUUGCAUUUCUUGCGGAAUAUUUAAUGUACACUGGAUUUUAACAGAACAUAAUAGGAUACCACAUGAUAUAAGUUAUUUCUGUAAUAAAUGUUUUAUAUCUUAUAAUUAUGUUGAUGGUAAAAAAAUUGGAAAUUUUAAAGCAUAUAAUUAUCCUUGUAUACCAGAACUAAUGUUUGUAAAAAAACGUACAGCAACAUCUAGAGAAUAAGGUUUCUGUCAAUUCUCUUUUGUUAGAUUUUCAUUUACAUACAUUAUUUAUGAUA